AUGAGCACGAGCCCGCGCGCCGAGGGCGCCGCCAUGAUCGCCGAGGUGGAGGGCGCGCUGCGCCGCCUGCUGGACCCGGCCACGCCCGCGGGCGACAAGCUGCAGCUGGAGGCGCAGCUCACGCGCUUCAAGGAGACGCCCGCGGCCUGCCUGCCCGUGCUCUUCCAGCUGCUGCAGACGUCCGCGAGCGAGUACGCGCUGUGGUUCGCGGCCACGGCCUUAGAGGAGUACGUGGCGCAGCGCUGGGCGCACUUCCCCGUCGCGGAGCAGCUGCGCGUGCGCCAGUUCGUCUGGGACUACCUGCUCGCGGCCGCCUCGAGCCCCGCGGGGCGCGCGCAGAUCGCCUUCGUGCGCCGCAAGCUGCGCAAGGUGCUGGCGGACAUCGCGCGCGUGCAGUGGGCGGCGGCGGACGCGCCCUGGCCCGACUUUUUGGGCCAGGUGGAGGCGCUCGUGGUCGACGAGCGCACGCGCGAGAGCGGCCUCGAGCUGCUGUCCGUCGUCGUGGAGGAGUUCGGGCGCGACGACGCGCUGGUGCUGGCCACCGUCAAGCGCCAGGCCAAGAACCGCCUGACGGCGCAGCUGCCGAGCGUGCUGGCGCUGCUGGCCAACAUCCUGAAGGGGUGCAGCCAUGUGCUGCAGACGUCGGCGGACGCGCAGAGCGUCGUGGAGCAGGACCGCGUGGCUAACGUGGCGCUCACGACGCUCAACAGCCUCAUCACGUGGGCGCCCGUGGCGGACCACGUCAACGACGCGUGGAUUGCACUGCUCGCCACGGCGCUGCAGUGUCUGGCGGAGCUCAUGAGCAAGAGGUUCGUGCCUGCGAGGGUGGACGAAGUGGUGGGGCAAGUCAUGUUUGGGUUGUGUCCGCUGCUGCAGAAGACGGUGGAGGACCAGCUGAUCGGCAGAGCCACGGAGCAGUAUCUGGACAAGCUCAGCGAGUUCGUGGAGCUGUUCUUGACGCAGCACUUGAAGCGGCUGGAGAACCCCAAGUACGGCGACAUCCUGCCCACGUUCUUGCAGUCGGUGCACGCUUUCACGACCAAGCAGCCCCAUGUCGAGGGCUUCUUGAACUGCUUGAGUGUGUGGGAGGUGUUCGUGUCGUAUGUGGAGGAGGUGGAGCAGAACGAAGGUGCUGCUAAUGAGCGCAUUCGACCGGUGCUGACGGCGUAUGAGCAGGGCUUGGUCUCGGUGAUGCUGCACCUGGUGGAGCGCGUGACGUACGGGUCGAACCGGAACCAGCUGGACGAGCUGGACGAUGGAGAUGACGCUGGAACGCAUGGAGAUAACGAGGAUGCAGACAACAGCGCCGCGUUCGACUUGGAGAGCACGGGCGGUGCGUAUGGAACAGGCUCGCUCCAGGAUCUGGCGCAAGUGAGGACGGACAUUGCGAGUGGGAAUGGCUCUGGGGGUGCAGCCACGAUGGUGGAGCUCUCAGAGAGGAAGCAGUUCGUAGUGGACUGCAUUGCGCUGAUUCGACGUAUCGCAGCUCUGCCUUCGUGCGCACCCCCACUUCUGGAGAUCAUGCUUCCCCGGGUGCAAGACGUUGCUCAGAAUGUGCUGUUCCAUAUCCAUGAAAUGCCCGUGAUCGCUCAAGGUUCGGAGCAGUGGGAGCAGCAGCGUUCUGUGAUUCGCGACUUGACGGUGAACAGCGCGAUCCUCUCGAGUGUGUGCGCCAACUACUACAGCAUCAGCGAUGACAUGAACCAGCAAAUGGCUGGCUGGCAGAUUCUGCACUUGUUUAUCACCAUGUCGGAGUAUAUGGUGCAGCACAGACUGCACACUCGUGGCGAUGCGUUUGCUGAAUUGCAGUGUGAAGCGCUCACGAGCAUCAGGUUCUGCUUGAGCUGCAUCCCAUUUGUGAUUAAGAGUGGAGCUAGGCAAGACGUCCUGAAUGCUUCGGAAAGCGUGCUUCAGGUGCUUCUUCACACUCUGGAUACAAGCAUCGUGCCGUCCCCGCUUGCUGUGAUGCAGAACUCGAUGCAGCUGCUUGCAAACCUCGGCUUUGUGCUAUCGUACGAGGAAAUGCUCCAGAUUCAGUCCAUGACCCAGCUGGAGGCGCACAUUCACCAGUUCAGCCUGCACUUGCCGCUUGCGAUUCAAGGCGACCUCUACACUUCCAUGUCCAACUCCAUUUUGAAUUCAGCGAUCUCUCUCCGAGGAAACAGCGAUGCAUCCAAUGGAGCUCAGUCAUGGGAGAACGCUUAUGGAUCGCUGCUUGUCCCGAUUCGUGAAUCCAUUGAUCAGUCUGCUGUGGCGCUCCAUCAGAACGAGCAGCGGGUGCUUGAGCACGCCAUGAUCGCGCAGCUGCGGCGUGAUUGCUACUUGGUUCGAUGCCUCGCACGCUCGGUGGAAACCAAGCCGAAGGUGGCGAAGGACGCGUUUUUCUCGGUAUUCCAGCCUUCGUUUCCUUCGUUGAUGGCGCUGCUGACGACCUACUUCACGACGAUUCGCAAAAUGGCGGCGAGUAAUGCACCCCAAUCUAAAACUCAGAUCAAGAGCGCGCUCAAGGUUGUGAACGAGAUUGUGCGUCUGUACGCUCAGUUGCUCAAGUCGAUUCGCAAGGAGAUGCAGAAGGACACCGUGUCCGAAAUCAUGCGCACGUUCGUGGAGAUUUUCAACGACAACCAGCUCUCAGCAGUACUGAAUAGCCAAGGAAAUGCAGGUUUGAUGGUUCUCUGCGGCUUUUUGCAGCUGCUGAAGAUUGUCGUCGAGGAGCCGACAUCAGUUUUCUCCUCGUUCUUACAAAACAUCCUGGACCUGUGCUUCGGUCCGCUGAAAGAGUCGAUCUUUUCCCACCCCGAAAGUGAUUCCGUCAUUCUUGGCUACUUCGUGGCAUUGGUGGAGCAACUGCUCGAGAAACACUACCGCUUCUUCAUUGUGUACUCCGGCCAGUUCACCCCGGAUGGCGCUCGCGAGCGUGGUUACGCAUCGGACCAAGCCCACACAUACUUCCUGUCAAUUUUCCAGAGUCUUGCGAGCGUGCUGAGCCGCGAAGGCUCGAAUUUGGCGCCGCGUAUUUGCAAGCAGGUGCUGGGGCUGCUGGACCGUGUCGACAAGGCGCAGGGACUGUUUGCGUUCACCGGAUUCCAGAGCGAGCUGCGCAUGGGAUUCCUAUCGACGCUCAUGAAUAUCCUGACCCGUGGCGAGAUGAACCUGCUCCAGGACGAGGUCAUCCAGCUGCUGCACCGCGUCGCAGCCGUGGACUUCGCUUCUUUCUACCAGGUAUUUUUGCACGGCUACAUCAAGGAGAUUCUGACACAGCCGCAGCUCGAGGCAGCGUCCAAGAUGGAGGGCGAAUGCUUGCAGUGGAGCGGUCAGACGGACCUCCCGACGUUUUCGCAGGAGGUCGUGGCCUUUUUGAACGAUCUGAAGGUGAUCAAGGCACAGAACUAA